AUGGCGUCCUCUCACAAUGACAACACUCGCAAACGCAAAGCAGCAGCCUUCGCGCGCCAUCACACGACUCCCAUUGAAGAGUUAGUCGGAGCCCCCCCAAAUGCUCUGCUGUCCACAAGUGUCCACCGCGUUACCAGCGAUAACCGACGCGUCCGCACUGAGACGGUGUUGGUGGAGCCUUCUUCUCCAGUAAAGCGUGCUCGUCGGGAACAUUUCGAGCGGCAGAGACCAAUCCUUUUCCCUGGCGACGAGCCGGAGCGAUAUGAAAUGGGUUUGGAGGAAGACGAGAGUAGCGUGCAAGACGACAAUGCCAAUCUCCGCCAAACUCGCCCUGCAGUGAGUCUUCGAUUCUUGGGGCCGAGUCUGGUCUAACGCCAUUCCAGGACAAGGCCAUGCAAGAAUGGGCUACCGAAUAUCGAGACAAUUAUCUUCGCGCAAUGCUCUGGCGAGACGGGCGAGGCCUCGAACACGACUCAAGCUGCUCGAGCUGUAAGCAGCCUAAUUCUGUCUUGUACCGCUGCCAGUCUUGCCGCGGCGGGGCCAUGCUCUGUCAAGUCUGCUGUGUCAAGGCGCAUCAAACUAAUCCUACCCAUUUUGUUGAGGUAAUAUGAUCGAUAAACUGGAACGAAGCGUGGAACUUACUAUAUCCUUUAGAAAUGGACUGGUAUAUACUUCGUCAGAACAACUCUUCGAGACCUAGGACUUCGGAUUCAGUUCGGCCACAACUUCCACGAACAGUGUCCACUUAUUUGAACGGGCCGUUCUGACUUCGUUGUUCUCGGGGACAACGGUAUCCAAGAGGUCGCAGUCGAUUUCUGUGGCUGCUUGAGCAGCGACCCUGACCAUAUCCAACUCUUGAAAGCUGGUUGGUAUCCCGCGACCAGCCAUUCUCCUCGAACCUGUGCGACAUUCGUGUGCCUUGAUAGAUUCCAUUACCUCUCUUUGCAUGGCAAGACGACUGCUUACGACUACUACUCGACACUGGAGUCGCUGACGGAUGGGACUGGGGUCAAGCCUCCUGAUCGAUAUGCGAUCUUUAUGCGCAUGGCCCGCCAGUAUCGGCACCUGUUACUCCUCAAGAGAAUGGGACGCUCUUAUGAUCGCUAUGGAGUUCUCGGUACCGCUCCCGGAGAACUUGCAAUUUGCUGUCCCGCUUGUCCUCGGCCUGGAGUCAACUUGCCUGAGGGAUGGGAGAACGCUUCGCCCGAGGAUAAAUGUCUGCAUGUCAUGUUCAUCGCCAUAGAUGCCUGUUUUCGCUUAAAACGUCGAGCCAUCUCCAAUGAGUUGCGCGAUCCUGGUCUUGGGACCGGUUGGGCUUAUAUGCUUGAAUGGCAUCCCUAUCGAGAACAUCUCCUGACUGUGACGGACCAGCAAGAGAUGAGCACUUGCAGUGGCCUUGCCGCCCUCGACCACGCAAAUUCAAAGUUUUCUCGAGGAUAUAGUGUCACGGGUGUAGGCAUGGGUGUUUGUGCACGACACGAGUUUGUGCUCCCGAAUGGUGUCGGAGAUCUACAGGCUGGUGAACGUUACAGUAACAUGGACUAUAUAUUCGGCUCCUUCAUGCGCCAUAUCCACCCUGCUCUCCUGAAAAUCAUCUCCUACGACAUCGUCUGUCAAUGGAUGAAGAAGUUGCGCGAACGAUUGGCGAAGUUACCGUCACUCGUACGAUUAUCACUCGUUCUUGCGAUGGUUCGUUUCGCCAUCCCCAAAAUGCAUAUCAAUGGCCAUUUGGUUCUGUGUCAGAUCCUUUUUUCGUUGCUCUUGAUUCUGGGCUCGGGAAUGACCGAUGGGGAGGGUGUGGAGCGCCCUUGGAGUAUGAUUGGAGGAAUCGCAGCUAGCACCAGGGUAUGUGGACCCGGAGCUCGCUGGGAUCAACUAGAUGACCAUUGGUCAUUCUGGAAUUGGAUAAAACUCCUUCGACUGGCGGGUCUUUUACGACGUCGAACGGACAAAGCAGCAGAGGAGUUGCUGAAACAAGAGCGGGACUUCGAGCUCUUGACUUUGGGCAAUGUCGAUCGCGUUCCCGCUUGGAAGGCGCAGGUCGAAGAGUUUGAAGCCGACAACUCCAAGCCUAAUCCCUACGAGUCAAGAUCCGAGGGUUUAACCGAAGCUGCCGUUCGCAAGAUGUAUGAGGAGGAGGAGGCUGCUCAAGAGAAAGCGGGGGCCAUCCCCAUCCACGAUGUCUCACCCACGGAGUUCAUCGUUGCAUUGUUGGAUGCAGAAUCGGACCAGCGGCGCAUUCGUGGUUUGGUCGAUCUGAAAAGGACGAGAGGAUCGGCCGGGGGAGUCAGUCUUCGCCGUCAACGUCGAAAGCUUAACCGCACUAUCAAGCGGCUGCGACUUCUACAAACGACUUACAUGCCGGCAGCGCUGCGAACUUUCGAAUCUCUGAAAAUCUCGCAGGAAACGCUUGCUGAGCGCGUUCCCCUUCUCCCCCCUUCUGCUUUAUCUCCUGCUGAACGCGCGAAUGGUGGUUGUCGAGACGGAUUGAUCGAGAUUGAAAAGGGUUUGCGAGAUGCGCAGUGUCGCUCUUCGUUAACCUGCCUUCAACUCCAACUCCAUGUGAAGUCAAGAUUGCUUACUUAUAAGCGAAACAAUUCGCGUGCCCAAGCAAUGAACACGCGCUCGCGGACUCUCGUCGACCAAAACGAGCGCAAAAUACUUCUAUACUCAGAGAAGUAUCAAGCUGCGUGGCGAGCAUUGGUGGCUAUUGAAGGGGAUGCCAGGCUAAUAGGAUGGCGGAAACUGGAAAAGGCUGAUAUUCGGUGCAUCGAGGACGCGGAGCAAGUGGCAAGAGAUAAUCAAAGACGCGCCAAAGCGGAACGCGCUCAGAAAGCACGAGACGCAGAGCUGCAACGGGCCGGGCUCCCAGCUUUGCCUGUCAAUGGACAGCGAAGAGUUGGAGGAUAA